AUGACUGCGCACAUGGGCCCGAUCCCGCUUCCGGACGGCGGGACCCUCACUGCGGACGACCGCGCACGGAUCCAAGCGGAACAUGCGGUUUCGGCCGCUGUCCGGUUCCGACAGCAAUGGGGGCAGCGCUGUCUUUCCUUGAGCGGGCCACCCGAACGACUGGCAGCUGCCAAAAAGCUCGCAGAGGAACUCAUCCGAAAAAACGGAACAGAGGGCGGCAGAAUCACAGAAAGCAACAACGGGGGCAACCAAAGCAAGGAGGUUCAAGCCCUGCGACAGCAACUGGGAAGAAUUGAAGGGCAAAUGCAGGUGUUCAACACCCAAAUGCAAUGGGUCUCUUCAACACUUGCGACUGCAACCAAUGCAGCAACUACAGCCAACCAAAUGGCAACCCAAGCUGCGGCUGUGGCUGCUCAGGCAUCCGCCCUUUCGAAGCAAGCGAUGGAGAUUGUCAUCACGGACAAGAAGAGGAAAAAGGCAACCAGGGAACAACUACAAAGUGAGAGUGAAAGUGACAGCGCUUCUUCCCCGUCAAAGCCACAACGCGAAGGAGAUGAAGCACAAGGUGAAGCAAGUGGCCAGGAGGCCAAGGAACAGGAGAAGGGUGAUGCUGAAGCUGCAGCAGUUGAGAAGAUGGUGGAGCCUGUGGUCAGGGAGGUCAAGCUUGAGGAGGAAAAGAAGGAGGCGGCAAAAGAGUCUGAGGAUGAGGAAGCUGGAGAGCCUAGUGAGCCAACGAUUCUCCCUCCAAACAUGCAGGAGAACGUGGCCAACGCGGCGGGCCCCAUCGAGUUGGUUCUUCAUGACUGUGGAGAAGUUGUGCGUGGAGCCUUUUUGUGCCAGGCAGUGUUGGGAGCAGUGUUGUCGGACGAGAAGAGUUUGAAGGAGCUUUGGUCGCUUCGCGGGGCAGCUGGCACCAAGCCAUGCUGCCUAUGUCAGAACGUGGUGGGGCAUAUGUCACGCGAGGAUGUAGCCAGUCAUGAGUGGCUUGUGCACUACAGCUGCACAAACAGGACUCGCUUUGCCAAGCACACGUCUGCAAGCUUUCAAGCCAUGCGUGACCGUUUGGCCCUUGUUGCUGCUGCUGGCAGCAAAAAGGAAUUGAAUGCUUUGGGCCAGUGCUUUGGCCUGCAGUACAAUGAUCUGGGCGUCUUGUGGCAUCCAACUCUGAAAGACCAGGUGUGCCCAGUAUCACAAACCAUGUAUGACUGGAUGCACGUUCUGGUUGCGAGUGGUGGCGUGGCUCAGUACGAGGUCAAUGAAUUUGCCAAGGCUGUUCAGCAACUUGGGAUUCCUCUUUCGACCUUGGAUCAAUUCUCAAGGACUGUCAUUUUGCCCUGGGGUCGCAAAAACAUUCCACGAGACUUUUUCCAGGAAAGGAUCAACCCUGAAAAUGAUAGCCAUGUCAGAGCUUUUGCCACGGAGGUCAUGGUUGCCUUGCCAAUCCUAGCCCUCUUCAUUGAAACUGUUUUGGAACCAAACAGCCUUCUUCCAGAACACUGUACCUCCCUGAAGUUGAUGGCAGAGAUCAUUGACAUUCUAACAAAAAUGGAUGGAGCAGUUCACUUGGCCACGCAGCUGCGCGAUGCUGUGGAUAAGCACGGCAUCUUGUUCGACAAGCUAUACCCUGGUUGUGUAAAGCCAAAAGCACAUUGGAAGUUUCACAUCCCAGAGCAAAUUCAAUCCUUUGGCGUCAACAUGUCUUGUUUCAGCCCCGAGCGGAAGCAUCGGGCAAUCAAGGCAAUAGCAAGUCAUGUGUUCAACGAUGCCAUCAGCGGCAGCGUGUGCUUGCGAAUUGGUUACGAUACCAUUCAACAUUUUGCUGAGAAUGACAAUUGCUGCAGAGCGAUGCACCUUGAGGGUCCAGUGCGUGAGGUAGAGGAUGGGGCGAAGAUGUUGAACUUUUGGAGCAACGAGGUAUCUUCUGUUUCAUUGGCAAAGAAAAUCAAAACUCCUGUGGGCGUUGUUGCGAAGGGGGACUUGGUGCUGGCCUUGGAUGAAAGAAUGGCGUUGCUCUCUGACAAACACGGGAGUUUGGUCAAGGAGUGGUCCAAGGUGGACGCUGGGCUUGUGGAGGCCUUCUUCUAUGACCACCCAGAUCUCAGGGGUGAAAACCUACGACAGAAACUGGAACAAACAGUCAUGGACUGGAAGACAAAGACCACACGGAUGGAGUUCAACCAGGAGUCAACCUACAUGGAUGAAGUUGAUUUGAAAAAGAAAUACGAAUCUCGACCUGAACUGCUGGCAGCCAUUCUAGAGAACGCCCAUCGAUUCUUUUGUCCAGUGAAGAAGGUGAUUGCCCCCAAUUCCAUGCCCUCUGCCUUUGUGACACCCGAAGGUGACGCUGUCAUUCCAGAACCCAAUGUGUGGGAGAAACAAGCUCCAAAGCUGGGGGCAUUUGACAGACCUAUCAGACUUGCAUUGCCCUGCGUUGGCAUUGAUGGGUGCGGCGAGGCCUUCAGCAAGCUUGGGGUUCCCUACAUUGGGGCUCAUGUCAUGGACAUUGAGGAUCGCUACAGGGAUCAUUUGUGCAACCACCUUCCCAAAGGGAGCUUCCUUUUGCUGGGCGACGCAGGUGAUGUGGUAAAUUUGGAUUUGGCUGAUCUCAGGCGGCCAAUUGAAAUGCUCUGCAGUGGCCCUCCAUGCCCGCCAUGGGCAGGCAAUGGAUGUCGCGGCGGUCUUGCAGGUGACCCUAGAGCACAAGUGUUUGUUGGGGUGAUGAGGCAAAUGUUGGCCCUCAUCAGUGCAAAUGAGCUCAACGCAGUUGUUCUCGAGAAUGUACGGGGCAUCCUACAUGUUCAGGAGGGCCAAACGCAAUCUUUCAUGAGCCAGCUCCUGAGCUUUCUUCAAGAACAUGUCUCUGAUUUCAACUGGGGCGUCUGCGUUUUGCAAGCUUCUGAUUACAGCCUUGGCCAAAGCAGGUGCAGAGUUUUCUUGCGAGGCCUGAGGGCCACGAUUGGUGACUUGCCUGACCCUUUGCCUCCUUUUGGGAAGAAACACUUGAAGGAGUUCCUGGCGACAAAUUUGCCACCUGUUGACACGAAGGCCUUGACAAAGACCAUGCAACAAAAUUUGAGGGACGCUGAGAACGAUAUUAAAGAAAUGUUGAAGAACAAAGAAGUGGGCCUGGAGGACAUUCUAGUUUUUCCACUUGAUCGUGCAAGCGGCAAAACAUAUCAAAGGAGGUAUUCGACAAACAUUUGCCCCACUCUGACCUGCACCAAUCGCUACUUGUUUGUGGCCAGCAUGGAUCUUGCAAAGCCUCCGGAAAAACGAAAGUUCUGGAGGUUUCUUCAUCCAUCAGAACGGAUGGUGCUACAAGGGUUCAGCAAGGACACCUUGGCAGGAAAGAGCGAUUCCCUACGUGUCGAAGCUUCUGGAAAUGCCUAUCCAGUGCCACUUUUGAUGGCAGUUUUGCAUCCAAUUUUGCAGAAAUUGAAAGGGGCCAAGUUCAGUGCUGGGGGAAAUGUUGAUGAUGAGCGGGUGACAACGUUGUUGAACAAGUUCGAAGCUUACAUGGAGAGCUGUGCAAACCACACCUCAAAUGUCAAAGGGCCCAAGAACCCCAAAGGGCCCAAGAAAAGACCAGCAGCAGGGCCCAAGGGUCCCUUGAAAGCCAUGAAGAUGAAGGUGAAAAAGGGAAGCGCAAACACGAUGAAGGUGAAAAAGGGAAACGCAAAGGCGAUGAAGGGCAAAAAGGGGCAUGAGAAGGCAGUGCGCAGCAUGAAGGCGGCAAAAACGGCACAGAAGCUUGCCUACCGUUUCAUGUCUUCAUCAUCAUCUUAG